AGCACUUCAACUGUUUGUCCCCUAAACAUUUUUCAUACAACUUCAAUGCAGGUAGUAUAAAAAGACAGCUUUCCCCUAUAUCUUUCUCUUACCAAAGUUACCAACUUCUCUCAUUCUAUCUCCAUAAAUCUCUGCUAUAUCUCUUAAUGAGCUGAAAAACAUAGCAAAACUUCAACAAGUUUACAACAUUUAUAUUUUAUACCACCUUUUUUUCAGCUCAUAACAUACAAAGAAAGGUUCUCCAUUAUCAACCUUAAACGACGACAACGACGACGACGACGACGACAACAACAACAACAAUAAGGUCUAGUAGUAUUAAUCACGCAAAGCUAUGUGCCCAGCAAAUGAAUCUGGAACGAUUAUUAUUGAUAGUGAUCAGUUGAUCCAAAGUGCUCUACAUGAAAAAGAAGAAUGUAUCAAUCUUAGUAGUAAUACUAACAACAAUAAUGAAAGACUUUUUCAUGGCAUCCUUCAUAGAAUCCCAAUAAAUGAGUUUGCAGAGGAUCUAAGAUCACUUGGGAAGAUUGUAUGUCCAAUAACAACAAUGACAUUGUUACUUCACUCAAAAUCAGUAAUCUCCAUGCUAUUCUUAGGCCAUCUAGGAGAUGCACCACUAGCAGGAGGAGCUCUAGCAAUCAGCUUUGCCAACAUAACCGGCUUUUCAGUGAUUAAAGGCAUGAGCAUGGGUAUGGAUCCCAUUUGUUGCCAAGCAUUUGGAGCUAAAAAACACUCUGUUAUUAGCCAAACAUUUCAAAGAACACUUUGUAUUCUCCUCUUUAUCGCGAUUCUCAUAUCGUUCCUUUGGCUUAACAUGGAGCCUAUCCUCUUGUUACUCGGCCAAGACAAAGAUAUAAUCGAUGUUGCUAAGCUUUACUUACGAUUCUCCAUACCCGAGCUUAUAGCUCAAGUUCACCUACAUCCUUUAAGAUCUUUCCUUAGAACACAAUGCAUCACUAAACCUUUAACCAUUGCUACAAUGUUAUGCUUAUUUAUACACCUUCCAAUCAACUAUUUAUUGGUGAUUUAUCUUAAACUAGGUGUAAAAGGUGUUGCAUUAGCAUCCGCGUGCAACACCAUAAACUUGGACCUUAGCAUUCUAAUCUACCUCCUCUGCUCCAACAUGAUGCAUAAGCCGUGGAGUGGUUUAACGAUUACCUCCCCGUUUCAAGGGUGGAAAACGGUCCUAAGCUUAGCAAUACCGAGUGUACUAUCUGUGUGUUUAGAAUGGUGGUGGUAUGAAAUCAUGCUAUUCCUUUGUGGGUUGUUUCAAAACCCAAAAGCUAGUGUAGCAGCAAUGGGGAUACUCAUACAAACAACAGGCCUAUUAUAUGUAUUCCCACAUGCUUUGAGUAUGGGCUUAUCAACGCGUAUAGGGCAUCAGCUAGGUGCAGGCCAGCCAGCUAAGGCACAAAGAAUGGCGGUCCUUGGGUUCGUGUUGGCCUUAACUAUGGGUGUAACAGCUUUUGGGUUUACCAUACUAGUGAGAUCAUAUUGGGGGAAGAUGUACACUUCAGAGCCAGAUAUCUUGUCAUUAAUUUCAGUGGCACUUCCUGUUUUAGGCAUUUGUGAGAUUGGAAAUUGUCCUCAAACAGCUGCUUGUGGAGUUCUAACAGGUUCAGCAAGGACUACAAUUGGAGCUAAGAUUAACUUUAUUGCCUUCUAUUUGGUUGGCUUACCAGUUGCUGUUGCCUUGGCCUUUUGGGUUAAGGUUGGGUUUAUUGGUUUGUGGUUUGGGCUCGCGGCAGCUCAAGCCGCGUGUAUGUGCAUGAUGAUAUACACAUUGAUUAGGACUGAUUGGAAGCACCAGGCUAAGAGGUCUGAAGAGUUAACACAAGAAGUUGAAGACACUCAAGAUUUGGAAACUUCCUUGUUAUCUUGAUGACUUAGUAUAUACUUCUUCAUAUCAAGAGAAAGUAGAUAGUUUUAUGAAUUAAUCUUUCCUUGGAAGGAAUUAAUUGUUUGGAUGAUCACUGAUCUCAGCCAAGGAAAGUGAAGAGGACAAAUAAUAACAAUGGCUUUCAUAGAGCUGAUUAUACUACAAGUUUUACUUACUAACAUUUUGUACAGGCAAACACAGCCUUCUUCAGAGUAAGGGUCCUAAGGCAGGAGUACACCAUCUGUUGAAUUUAUUUUUGAGUAUAGAAUUUCACUUGCAAGAGAUUUUGUAAGUUUAUGUACCAAUUGGCUAUUUUUCAAUAUAUGAAUGUAAAAAAAAAGGAUGCAAGUUUAUACAUGUAAACAAUAGGACAAAACCAAGAGUAUAGUCGUACAUUAGCGUAUCUGUGAUCGUAUGAAAAUGUGUUUUUUAGUAAACUUAACACGCUUAUAUUAACUUUGAA